UGUCGUACAAACGAAAAAUACAUUGUAAUACUUUUGAUGUUAUUUCAGGCUAAAAACAGAAGAGUUUUUUUAGCAAGUGUUGAAGUAUUUUUGUACAGUAAUUUUUGCAAGUAGUCGAGUGGACAGUGUUGAUAAAUAAAAAAAAAUCAGAAGGUAAAAAGUGAAAGAGAAAAGAUGUCAAAGUGGCCGCUGGAUCAGUAUGAUGUAAAUGGUUUUGCUAUUAUCGAAGAUUUUUUUAUGGAAAAUGAAACGAACGAGAUGCGUGAAUGUGGUAUUGAAUUAUGCCAAAAUGCACCCGAAAAUGAUCGUCGAACAUUUAACACUGGACAAAAUUCAGCACAUUUAAAAGAUGAAUAUUUUCUUAAUUCAGCCAAUAAAAUUCAUUAUUUCUAUGAAAAUCGUGCACUAGACGAGGAAGGUAAUUUACUAGUGGAUAAAAGCAUAUCACUUAAUAAGAUAGGUCACGCACUUCAUGUACUUCAUCCAACAUUCAAAAAGUACACAUUUGAUGAGCGUAUUAAAAAUGUAGCGAAAAAACUUGGUUUCAAAAAACCAAGCAUACCGCAGAGCAUGUUCAUUUAUAAAAAUCCAAUGAUUGGCGGCGAAGUGAAAUCGCAUCAAGAUGCAACAUAUCUGUUUACCGAGCCAAUUUCGAUAACUGGUUUUUGGAUUCCAAUGGAAGAUGCCACACUUGAAAAUGGUUGUUUGUGGUUCAUCAAAGGUUCACACAAACAUGGACUGCAUAAUCGUUUGAUGCGCAAUGCCAAUCCAAAUUCAGACGAAUUAUUAGUAUUUGACAAACCGACACCAUAUUAUUCACCUGAUCUAUUUACUGCGGCUCCUGUUAAAAAGAACUCAUUGGUCAUCAUUCACGGAUUGGUGGUGCAUAAAAGUGAAUUGAAUCAUUCGGAUAAAAGUCGCAAUGCAUACACAUUUCAUAUUAUGGAAACGGAUAAUGUUAAAUAUUCACCAGAAAAUUGGCUUCAACUACCAGUCGGCGAAGAGUUUCCCGAACUUUUUUAAUUCAAUUCAAAUACACAUUUUCUCUCUCCCUCUCUCUCUCUCUUUCACUCCCUCACUCUGUAUUUAUCUGACUAAAUAAAUAAAUUGCUUGCAAAUGAUCUGGCAACAGAGUAGAUUUAUGAA